AUGCCUCUUUCCCCCCAUCCCCCUCCCAUUGGCUGCCAGCCGUCUAAACAGCUCCAGCUGCAAUCACCGCCGCCGCUGCUGCUGCAACGAGCUGCCGGCUAUUUGAUCACCCCCAUCCCGCACAGCCUCUGCCUCCACCGGUCUGCCAACGCACGGACCUCUGCCAACACAUCCAUGAUGACGGGCGUCGCGGCUGCCUCCUUCUUCUCUAACGUUUGCCGGUUUGGCGGUUGCGGGCUGCACUUCGAGUCCCUCGGCGAGCUCAUCGUUCACAUCGAAGAUAACCACAUCGAUACAGACCCUAGAGUUCUGGAACGGCAGGAGCUGCAACAGCCCACAUACGUCGCACUGAGCUACAUCAAUCGGUUCAUGACUGAAGCAGCCCGCAGAGAGCAGGAAACGCAGAAGAAGAAGGUCCAACCCAAAAUUGCUAUAUCAGUCACCGGCGGUGUAUCGCGUAACAGUACGGCUACACCUCCACGCCACAGCAACGGCAGCCUAACUCCACCUGUCACGCCUCCCAUCACACCCUCAUCAUCCUUCCGCAGCAGCACACCUACAGGCAGCGAGUGUGAUGAGGAGGAGGUGGAGUACGAAGACUCUGACAGUGACGAGUCCUGGACUACAGAAAGUGCCAUCAGCUCUGAGUCCAUCCUCAGCUCCAUGUGCAUGAAUGGAGGCGACGAGAAACCCUUCGCAUGCCCUGUUCCAGGAUGCAAGAAGAGAUACAAGAAUGUGAACGGUAUUAAGUACCAUGCUAAAAACGGCCACAGGACGCAGAUCCGUGUGAGAAAGCCCUUCAAGUGUCGCUGUGGGAAAAGCUAUAAAACCUCUCAAGGCCUUAGACAUCACACCAUCAACUUUCACCCACCCCUGUGAUAAACAUACAUACAUACACAAAGUUAUUUUCAUGUUUACCUGAUCAUCCUUACAUUUACAUUUUAGGAUCAUGUGUAAACUGGGAUCAAAUGCAGAUUUUUCCUGAUGUGUGUGCUUUUAUAUAUGUCGAUAUACUUGUACAUUUGCACAUUUCAUGUAUAUCAUUUCUUUUUUUAAUAUAUCCUUUAUUUUAUUUUAUUUUUAAGUGACACAGUCACUGAUAAAUGAAAAUUACUGUGCUGAAGGUUAGGACACGACAUAAGCAUUCGUUUCUGAUUUUAAAGACAAAAUUAUUUAAAAUCAGUUGAGAGAUUCUCUUUAUUUUGCUCGCAGAUCUACGUCAAGUGAAAACUACACUGCAAGAAAUGUUUUCUAACUUUGAUUUUUUUUUGUCAUUUCUAGUCCAAAUAAUUAAAACUCUUAAAUCAAGAAGAAUUUUUUAGACAAGCAAAACAUAAUGUCUUGUUUUACGAAAUAAUAAGCCAAAAUUAAGUGCGUUUUUCCAUAAAGGAAGCAAAAAAAUCUGCAAAUGGGGUAAGAAAAAUAAUCUUGUGUCAAAAGGAAAAACAAGAUUAUUUAGCUUGUUUUAAGGAAAAACUGACUUAUUAUUGGCAUAUUAUUUCUGAAAACAAGACAUUAUGGCCCAAUCCCAAUUCUAUUUUUGUACCCCUUCCCCUUUCCCUUGGCCCUUAAAACCGAGUGUAAAGGGGAAGGGCUUCAAAACGUACCCCUAAAAAUUGGGACAGCACGACAGCACCUGCACACAUCUUCAUAUGUCAUCGCGAUCUCUUGCUCAAUACGAGAUCAGACGAUCGCGACUGCUGUAGUUAUUACAGUUGUGCUUUUUUUUAGUAUUUAUCUUCAGGAAAUCACUGAAGGCAUAUUUUAUGUUAUCAUAAUGAUCUAAUGUGGCAAUAAGAUCGUAACUGUACUGUGUAUUUACACAGUGGCCAUAUUCAUCUAUGUAAACACACAAAAACAACACUAACAUUACAGCAGAAAAAAGGUCAUUCUCAGCCACUAGACUUUUCUGACAGGGUAUUCGAGUGUCAGAAUGUUGGACUGCUAUACAGUAGUUAUUUUUAUGUAUUAUAGAUCGCGAAAUUUUGCAGUUUUUUUUUUGCGUUUUUUUAAAGCAUGACGGUAAAACACGAACGCAGUUAUGAAUAUAUUAAAACAUGUGCUUGUUUGUUGUAAAAAUUCGUAAUAAUGACAAAAAAUACAAAUUUGUGGAUCUCCUUACUUCCGGGUAUCUACCCCUUCCCCUCUGCCUUCAAAAAAAGAAGCUAAAGAGCUAAAGAGAAUUGGGAAACCCCUACCCCUUAACGGGAACACUCAAAAUGAGUGGUAAGGGGAAAGGCUAAGGGGUAGAAUUGGGAUUGGGCUAAUGUUUUUUUGCUUGCUUAGAAAAUGCUUCUUUAUAGAAGAAUUUUUAGAUAUUUGCACUAGAAACAAGACAAAAGAUCUAAGUAAGAAAAUCUUUUUUUGCAGUGUACAGUAGAUAAACAUGUACAUAUACAAAUUAUAUGAAGACACAUUUAUAAAUAUAUAUGUAUAUAUAUUACUAGUUAAGUUUAUUAUUCAAACAUUUUAUUUUCCAUUAUAUAUUUUGCAGAACAUUUAUAUUAUGUUUUAUACGAGAAUUUUAUCUCAUCUUUAAGGACCAUUACUUUAUUUGCUUUGUAGAGAAUCAGUCUUUUAUUGUCUGAAUUGAGAGGACAUUGAUCUCAGGUCACAAUUCAGCUGCCAACGUUCAGACAAACCAGGAAACAGGAAAAACACACUUCCACUAAUUUCGCUCCAGAACAUUCCACACGCAAAAAUCAGAACGGCUGACAUUACGCAGUGUAAACUCACCUUUCCGGAUUUUGUUUUGCAUGCGGCUGGCAUGCAGGCAGCACCUGUGAAAAAGCAAAAUUCACUGCAUGUGGCAUUUUCCAGACGACUGCAAGUGGUUUUGUGACGUGGACAUGGUUUAUGUCUCAUGCGUCUAGUUGUAUCGGAGUAACACUUUACACAAUGAUCUCUGAAUGGAAACACACUUUUUUUUAAGCAUUCAAAUUAUGUCAGCCUAAAGAGAGACAAAGAAGGUCAGAUUUACUUUGUCCUGUUUCCCUGCUGUUAUGCCAGCAGUGCAGAAGUGCCAAGAUAUUCCUCCCCAACUUCAAAAAGAAACAUGGAUGAUCUGCCAAACACACAACGGGUCACAUCUGGCUAUCCGUUUAGUGCCUGUUAACGGAGGAGCCUUAAAGAAGACCUAAACUUCUGUUUGUGUACUCAGCCUUGCAGUAUUUUGUUGUCCGUUUUUGCUCGUAAGAUCCUUAUUUCAGUCGUCGCUGUUGUUUCUUUUUCAUUUUCGACACAUUUGGGACACGUUAGUCCUUGUGGCUGUGUUUGUGUAAACGUAUUUGUUAGCCCUCUGCUUGCCUUGUAUUGUAGGCUACGGCUUGCUAGCAUGACACGACCGCUUAGCCGCUCUGCUGUCUCUUGGCUUGUAGUCUUACCGUUACAAUCUUUGUUGUCAGAAGUAUUAAAUCUUAUUUUAUGAUGUUACCCCUAGUAUUACAGUGCCAUAUGCAUAUCUGAACAUAUUUUCUCAACUUUAAUUCUCGGUCCUGUUAUCGGCCAAAUAAAACACACCAUGGUUUACACGAGUAAAAUGUCUUUAGCAACUGCUAAGAGCUUAAACUUUUGGUGCAGAGAAGGACCAAGUAAGCUUUCCUAUCCAUUAGUCUGUUUGUCUCGGUUAGGGUUGGUCAAAUGAAACAACACGGACCAAAAAUGGCACUGCCAGAUCUCCAGAUAAGAAGCUUGGAAUAAAGGUGCUGUACAUGGUAUAGUGAUAGCGUCAGAUUAUGUUACCAUGGUACAUGUUCUAAACCAUGGUAAUACUCCUUUGUGGUGCUAAGACGGAAUACAGUAAUUAGCGAUAUGGACAAAGUUUUAAUAUCGUCCUCAUAUUUAAGCCAGAAUCUGUAUUUAAACACUAAUGUUGUGGACCGUUGCUAUGAUUUCUAAAUGAGAAAAGAAGCUGAAGGUUUUUUUUUUGGUGUGUUACUCACCAUCAUGUCCUCUUUAGAACACAAAUGAAGGUAUUUCAGCUAAAUCUGAUUUCUGUCCCUGAAGUCUGUUCAAUUAAUUAACUUCAAGUAAUAUUAUGAAUCGGCGGUUCAUUCCACUGUGUCGACCACAGAUUAAUAAAGGGAAUGAGCCGAAAAGAAAAUGAAUGAAUACUAUUAUGAAUCAAACGGUUGGUGAUUGCAUUGUACGACGAACAGAUUUCACCUCUCAGAUUUGUUUUGAAACAUCUUCAUCUGCAUUCCAAAGUUGAGCGGUGAACUAACCCUUUAAAGAUGAAUGAAUAGUAACUGUUAUGUAGAUGCCAAAUACUGGAGUUAGGGAAUGAAGUAUUGAAUGCCUAUCCGUGAGUGACUCAUUGUAGAUGACUCACUGUCCUGUUAUUUUUCAAAUCCUCCGGUGUCAUGUAUGUUUGUUUGUAUGUAUGCGUGUCUUUUUGGACGCAGUACCAGUAACCACAUUUGUACCUCUCUUUGGCUACGGAGUCAUUUGGUCUCAGCUUUGACACGCAAACUAGAACCCGUCAAACAUGAUUUUAUUGGAUAGGACUGGUGGGAUUCCUCACACCUACAAUGUAGUAAUGUGACUGAGAUGCAUUUAUUUUGGAGGGAGUUUGAUAUACUAUAUAGUGAAUGUAUCGUAUUGCAAGUCUUUUGUAAAGUGCUUUUGAAAUUAUAUUUUCGUACUGUAUGUUUUUUUUGUGGAAAAUGUUUUGUGGAACCGAGGCAAUUUGUAUGUGAGACGAUGUAAAAUGUGUGCGUGUUUGUGUGAGAGAAUGGAAGACUUUUGAGACAUCUUUAUCCUCAAGUGUAACAUUUAGGACAAUGGUACAAAAAUAAAGAAAAUCAAACAAG